UGGCUCAGAUGGAGGUCGAUAUCAGUCCCCUCCUCCUUCUUCUUUCCCGCUCUUCAGCCCCGGUGCUCGAGGUGAUGAGUUGGUGUGUGUUUGUGUCAGUAAACAAACAUUAAACUCGGUAUUUUAUCAAAGCUUUAGAUGCGACAACUCACAAUGAAAGCCUGGAUUUAUCUAGGCCUACUUUUCCUGAGCUUACAUGGCGCCUCGGCAAUGACUCACUCUCUGAAGUAUUUCUACACUGCCUCUUCUCAAGUCCCAAACUUCCCAGAGUUUGUGGUUGUUGGGUUGGUUGAUGAAGUUAAAGUGGUUCGUUAUGACAGUAACACCAGGAGAGCAGAACCCAAACAGGACUGGAUGAGCAGAGUCACAGAGGAUGAUCCUCAGUACUGGCAGAGGGAGACUGAGAGCUGUCUGGGUGCCCAGCAGAUCUUCAAAUCCAACAUUGAAAUUGCAAAGCAGCGCUUCAACCAAACUGGAGGUGUCCACAUUGCCCAGGUGAUGUUUGGUUGUGAGUGGGACGAUGAGACUGGAAACAUCAAUGGUUUUAAUCAGCAGGGUUAUGAUGGAGAAGACUUCAUAUCAUUGGACCUGAAGACAGAGACAUGGAUCGCUCCUAAACCACAGGCUGUCAUCACCAAACACAAGUGGGACAAUGACAAAGUUAGGAUAGCACAGUGGAAACACGACCUCACUCAGCGUUGUCCUGACUGGCUGAAGAAGUAUGUGGACUAUGGGAGGAGCUCUCUGCUGAGAAAAGACCUUCCCUCAGUGUCUCUCCUCCAGAAGUCUCCCUCGUCUCCAGUCAGCUGCCACGCUACAGGUUUCUACCCAAACAGAGCCAUGAUGUUCUGGAGGAAAGAUGGAGAGGAGAUUCAUGAGAACGUGGACCAUGGAGAGAUCCUCCCCAACCACGAUGGAUCCUUUCAGAUGAGCAGUGACCUGAACGCUUCAUCAGUCCCACCUGAAGACUGGGAGAAGUACGAGUGUGUGUUCCAGCUCUCUGGUGUGAAGGAGGUCAUCGUCACCAAACUGGACAAAGCAGUGAUCAGGACCAACAGAGAGAAACCCAGUGACGUGACCGUCCCCAUCAUUGCUGCAGUGGUUGUUCUUGCUCUCGUCCUCAUCGCUGUGAUCGGAUACAUCAUUUACAAAAACAGGAAAGCUGAAUGCUCUGAACCUCAGGACAACAACCCUGAGCUCUCUGUGAAACUGAAUCCUGAAGGAAACAACCCUAGAUGAUAAUCACAGCACCCUGCACACAGUUUGUGGACACGUUGUGCACUGGAACAAUGGUCGUCUAUCUGUGUUACUGCUGGUGAUGAAGCAGGAUGAGCUGGACAGGAAAUGGAUGGAUGGAGUUUUGUAUCACUGUGGGAAAUGAUCCUGAUUUGUAUGUCAUUGAUUGGACAAAUAUUUCCAUCUGGACACUAUUACAUCUCUAAAGACCACCCCUGUGUGUGUGCGCGCACACACACACACACACACACACACACAGGGGUGUCAUGCAACCCCAAAAUGUGAGGGGGAACAGUGGAUUGGGUUUGUGCGCUAUGCGCGCGCACAAAUUUUUUGGGGGGAUGCCCUCAAAUCACUUAUUUUGGGCCCCUGCUGCGCAACGCCUUGAGGUUGGAUAGGGCCCAAACUCAAAGCCGACCCCCCCGUCCAGACACACACACACACACACACACACACACACACUUAACGCAUCUACACCUUGCCAUGUAAACUAUUUUGUGUCAGGAGGAAAGGAGUUUUUCUCAAACAAAACCUAGCAGCUAGGAAAAUAUUGCAAACAUAGCUAAGCUUAUUGUAUUGCAGAAAAUAUUUGGCUACACAACUUUAAUACACACAAACGUGAACCCAGGCUGGUUCCCACUACUGACAGCAAAACGUAAUGUGACGUAGAUAACGAUUGCCAAUGUUAUUGGCAACGGCGUGCCAAGGCAAUAAAAAAGGACACAAUCAUACACACUCACCCAUCUUGUUAGGAGGCCUAACGCUGAAACACAGAUACACCAAAAUAAAUCCUGUCCCAAGUUUUUCUGAUACUUCCAUGGAUACUCCCUAGGCUACUAGUAGCUGAUUAGUCAGGCAACCGUUACAGUCCAGACAUUAUAGGCUAACGUUAACCCUUAGGUUAGAUCGCAGUCAUCGCCGGCGAUACCGGGGGGUAAAUCAAAAGGUCGUACUCUUUCGUGUCUAUUUCCGGAACGUAAAAUAACAGCGACGUAAUUCUUUUUUAAUGAAAGCAGGACACUUCAGCCUUUACAUCGAUCCCAUCGGUGUGUUUAUAGCUUACCCGGAAGCCUAGAUGUCAAGCCGGUGAGAUCGGCUGUCCAAUGGGAGACCCGGGUGGCUAAAAUCUAAUGGGAAAGCUGUGAGCGGUCACAUGAUCGGCCAAAGAUCGUUUAUUAUCAAGAUGGUUGCUCUGUUGCUGUGUGUGAUCACUACUAACAGAAAAUCUCCCCUAAAUCCUAAUAAAUAAUGCGCAAAUUACCAUUCAUGCAUUUUAUGCAAGUUACGGCCACUAAAUGGGCCUGAGAUGAAGGAGAUUAUUUAGCAUACAUUUCACUCAAUAUGACCACUGAUCAUAGCUAGAUGGUAAAAUAAAAAAAAAAAAUCAUCCCUCAAAUCUGAAGGGGCACGUGCCCCCUCGGUUUCUAUUGACAUGACGCGUCUGCACACACACACACACACACACACACACACACACGCGUAUUUUCCAGUUGUGUAAAUAGUUUAUUUCUUUAAAACAGAUUUAAAGAUGAUAUUUUGAUUCCAAUGAGUUUAAAGCAAAUAAUUUAUGUCUUUGAGUGUUUUUCUUCAUUAAUCAGGGGUAUGCUGUUGGUUUUUGUUUUAUAAUAUAUAUGUUUUGAUCCGUCAUUAUUUUAGCUGAGAUCCUUAAAGUGCUCUGGGAUGUUUUAAGCUUCUCUGCACACUGAUGGAAAUCUUUUUGUAAAUAUUUCCUGCUAAUAUUUGGGGACAAAAGACAUUUUCUGUCUUAUAAAUAAAGAAAUUGAAUGGCAAUGCUCCAAAUUAUUUCUUGUGUUUUUUUGUACUUAAGUUUUGCUUUUCAAUAAAGUGCCAAAGAUUCCCAAA